AUUUACAGAAGUGGCUGUUACAACAACAACACAUUUAUUUGUUUUAGUUUUAUGCCCUUUGGCUGUAUUUAGCUAUCUGCUUCUUCUGACACGCCAAUUCAGCAAUUCAAUUUUCCAGCAGAGGCCAUUGUGAGAUUGUAGGCUGGGAGGAUGACCGCUCGAAUGUAUUGCUCGUUUGGUGCGGUUUUAUUGUGUCUGUUUGGAAACUUGAACAUAACAGAUGCUACUCUAGGUAUUGGCGGUCUGAGGCUGAAAGACUUGCUAUCCCAUCGAGGAUGUUCUUCUGAUAGACCCUGCUCUGGAAGACAAUACUGCUCUGAAAGACCUGGCUGCUCUCGAUUUCAAUGUGAUCCUGUUUCCAGUCAGCCUGGUUCAAUGAAACCCGGUCAAUGUCCUGACCCAAAGAACAUUCCACUGUCUGCUAAAAACUGUGUCCAUGAUGGUCAGUGUCCUGCCACACAGAAGUGUUGCCCAACCACCAGUGGCCAUGGAUGCAGUGAACCAAGCCGACAGGGCCAGGGAAGCUGUCAGAACACGGGCCAGGGCGCCGGACAGGGCAAGGGAAGCGGCCAGGGCAGCGGACAGGGCCAGGGCAGCGGACAGGGUGCCGGACAGGGCGCCGGUCAGGGAAAAAGACCAUCUCUGCCUCCUUCCCUUAAAUAA